AUGAGUAAAAUCAUUAAACCAGUAAAUAAUUCGAGAACAGCGCAUUUCCGUACUGUAGAGAGAGAGUCUCGUUUUAUAAACCCUCCAAAGGACAAGUCUGCUUAUCCCUUGCUGGAAGAAGCUGUCAAGCCACACGUCGGUUCCUUUAAUGCAUUGACCGAAGGUGAAGAUGGUGGUUUAUUGAACCAAGGUGUUAAGGACAUUGGUGAAAAGAUCAUAUUUGAUGGUAAGAACACUGGUGCUGAUUCCGAGACUGCCAAUAGUGGCUAUUUAGGUAAUAAAUUGGCCAUCAGUGUUGAAUCCGUUUCUAUCUCCAAACCAAUGGCCAAUGAUGGUGUUACUUCUGCUGUGGAAAGAAAAUUCUAUCCAAGUGAAGCAAGACAAAGAUUGACCUCGUAUAAAGGCAAACUACUGGUGAAAUUGAAAUGGUCAGUUAACGACGGUGAUGAUACCUUCACCGAUAUGAGAGAUUGUGGUGGUUUACCAGUCAUGUUGCAAAGUAAUAGAUGUCAUUUGAAUAAUCUUUCACCUUAUGAAUUGGUCAAACAAAAGGAAGAAUCUGAUGAAUUAGGUGGUUAUUUCAUUAUUAACGGUAUCGAAAAGUUGAUUAGAAUGCUGAUUGUCCAACGUAGAAACCAUCCUAUGGCUAUCAUUAGACCUUCGUUCAGUAACAGAGGUGCAUCUUAUUCUCAAUACGGUGUUCAACUUAGAUCAGUAAGGCCAGAUCAAACUUCUCAAACAAAUGUCUUACAUUAUUUGAAUGAUGGUCAAGUUACAUUCAGAUUCUCAUGGAGAAAAAAUGAAUAUUUGAUUCCAGCAGUUAUGAUAUUAAAAGCUUUGAUAGAUACAAGUGAUAGAGAAAUAUUCGAUGGUAUCAUUGGUAGUGAUAUUAAAAACUCUUUCUUAACUGAUCGUUUAGAAUUACUAUUACGUGGUUUCAAGAAGAGAUUCCCAUUACUACAAAACCGUACUCAAGUUUUACAAUACAUUGGUGACAAAUUCCGUGUCGUUUUCCAAGCUUCUCCAGAUAAAUCUGAUUUAGAAGUCGGCCAAGAGGUCAUUGAUAGAAUCGUCUUGGUUCAUUUAGGUAAAGGUAACAAUGAAGAUAAAUCAAGAAUGUUAUUAUUCAUGAUUAGAAAAUUGUACUCCUUAGUCGCUGGUGAAUGUUGUCCAGAUAAUCCAGAUGCAACUCAACAUCAAGAAGUUUUAUUGGGCGGUUUUUUAUAUGGUAUGAUCAUUAAAGAAAAAAUUGAUGAAUAUUUACAAAAUAUUGUUGCACAAAUUAGAACUGAUAUAAACAGAGGCAUUGCUAUAAACUUUAAAGACCGUAAAUACAUGUCCAGAGUUUUGAUGAGAGUUAAUGAGAAUAUUGGUUCGAAAUUACAGUAUUUCUUAUCAACUGGUAACUUAGUAUCUCAGUCAGGUUUAGAUUUACAACAAGUUUCUGGUUAUACCGUUGUAGCUGAAAAAAUUAACUUUUACCGUUUCAUAUCUCAUUUCCGUAUGGUUCAUAGAGGUUCAUUUUUUGCUCAAUUGAAAACCACUACGGUUAGAAAAUUAUUACCGGAAUCUUGGGGUUUCUUAUGUCCAGUACAUACCCCAGAUGGUUCUCCAUGUGGUUUAUUGAACCAUUUCGCACAUAAAUGUCAAAUUUCUACUGUUCAAUCUGAUGUCUCUAAAAUUCCAUCUUUACUAUAUUCAUUGGGCGUAACUCCAGCAUCUCAGGCUUUUGCUGCUGGCCCAUCCCUAUGUUGUGUUCAAAUUGACGGUAAAAUUGUUGGUUGGACCACUCAUGAACAGGGUAAAAUUAUCGCCGACACCUUAAGAUUAUGGAAGGUUGAAGGUAAGACUGCAGGAUUACCUUUAGAUUUAGAAAUUGGUUAUGUUCCACCUUCUACCCGUGGUCAGUAUCCAGGUUUAUACAUUUUCGGUGGUCAUUCUAGAAUGAUGCGUCCAGUUCGUUAUUUACCUUUGGACAAAGAAGAUAUUGUCGGUCCUUUCGAACAAGUAUACAUGAAUAUCGCAGUUACUCCUCAAGAAAUCCAAAAUAAUGUUCAUUCCCAUGUCGAAUUCACUCCAACUAACAUCUUAUCUAUUUUAGCCAACUUAACUCCUUUCUCUGAUUUCAAUCAAUCUCCAAGAAAUAUGUACCAAUGUCAAAUGGGUAAGCAAACUAUGGGUACCCCAGGUGUUGCAUUAGUUCACCGUUCAGAUAAUAAGUUAUAUAGAUUACAAAGCGGACAAACUCCAAUUGUUAAGGCUAACUUAUAUGAUGACUAUGGUAUGGAUAAUUUUCCUAAUGGUAUGAAUGCUGUUGUCGCUGUUAUUUCAUACACAGGUUACGAUAUGGAUGAUGCGAUGAUUAUUAAUAAAUCUGCUGAUGAAAGAGGUUUUGGUUAUGGUACUAUGUACAAGGUAGAAAAACAUGAUUUAUCAAUGAAUAGAAGUCGUGGUGAUCCAAUAACACAGCAUUUCGGUUUUGGCCCAGAUGAAUGGCCAAAGGAAUGGUUAGAAAAAUUAGAUGACGAUGGUUUACCUAUGAUUGGUACUUAUGUUGAAGAAGGUGACCCAGUCUGUGCUUACUUUGACGAUACUCUAAAUAAGACCAAGAUAAAGACUUAUCACUCUUCAGAACCAGCUUAUAUUGAAGAAGUCAAUUUAAUUGGUGACGAAUCAAAUAAAUUCCAAGAAUUACAAACUGUUAGUAUCAAGUACCGUAUUAGAAGAACCCCACAAAUCGGUGAUAAAUUCUCUUCUAGACAUGGUCAGAAGGGUGUUUGUUCUAGAAAAUGGCCAACCAUUGAUAUGCCAUUCAGUGAAACCGGUAUUCAACCAGAUAUUAUUAUUAAUCCUCACGCUUUCCCAUCUCGUAUGACUAUUGGUAUGUUCGUUGAAUCUUUGGCUGGUAAAGCUGGUGCUUUACAUGGUAUCGCUCAAGAUGCUACUCCUUGGAUGUUCAGUGAAGAUGACACUCCAGCCGAUUACUUCGGUGAUCAAUUAUUAAAAGCUGGUUAUAAUUACCAUGGUAAUGAACCUAUGUAUUCCGGUGCUACUGGUGAAGAAUUAAGAUGUGAUAUAUACGUUGGUGUUGUUUACUAUCAAAGAUUACGUCAUAUGGUUAACGAUAAGUUCCAAGUUCGUUCUACUGGUCCAGUAAAUAGUCUAACAAUGCAACCUGUUAAGGGUAGAAAGAGACAUGGUGGUAUUCGUGUAGGUGAAAUGGAAAGAGAUGCUUUAAUUGGUCAUGGUACCUCCUACUUGUUACAGGAUCGUCUAUUGAAUUCAUCAGAUUAUACCCAAACUUCAGUUUGUCGUGAAUGUGGUUCUAUCUUGACUACACAACAAAGUGUCCCAAGAAUUGGUACCCAAUCUACUGUCCGCUGUCGUCGUUGUGCUGUUACUUUCGAUGCAGCCAAGAAAAUGAUUUCUAAAUAUGAAGGUGAUGAAGACAUCUUCAUUGAUGACUCCGAAAUCUGGGAAGAUGGACAAGGUAAUAAGUUUGUCGGUGGUGGUGAAACCACUACGGUUGCCAUUCCAUUCGUAUUGAAAUACCUUGAUUCUGAAUUGAAUGCAAUGGGUAUCAGAUUACGUUAUAAUGUUUCUCCUAAAUAG